CGUUCGCUUUUGCGUGUUGAAACCUUUGGUUUCUACCACUAUGGUCGAAGUGGCGGAUGAUCGACACUUUGUGAACCCUUGGACUGCCCAGAACCCUGACAUUGUAACGGUCACCGACGCCUGGAAGCAAAGUCUAGCUGAUAAUAUAUUCAAGCUGGAAGCCACUCUCAGCGAAAAUUUAGAUAAUCUCAGUUCUUCAGACAUUUCCAUGUACACAGGCUUAUCGGGCAUUGGCUUACUUUACCACCGCUUUUCCUCCAUUGAUCCGCGAUAUGUAAGUGAGGCCAAAAGAACCCAUUUCGCUUCCAUAGCUCACCGAAUUACGCGGCGCUGUCUGCGCCACACCGAUCUUGAUCGUUUGCAGCGAAAUGUGAGCGUGUUUACCAGUUCCAUUGGUCCACUCUGUCUGGGCGCCUUGAUAACGGAGUGCAGUUAUGACGAAAAAGUUGCUAUUCCUCCUCAGAGUUGUGUCGACCAAAUCGUUGAAGCAUCUCGUUUCGCUUCGAAUUUAAAGUAUACCAUGCCUGACGAAGCGCUCUACGGUCGCACGGGUUAUUUGAAUGCACUGUUACUGCUCAGAAAUACCCAGUGGAGUGUUCCAAUCGAUGUCAUUUCCAAGGUUGCAGAAGCCAUUCUACAGUCCGGAAUACAGACAGCCGAAAAGUAUCGUACGAGUGGUAUUUACAAAUCUCUCAUGCGACGACAGAAAAGCCCGUUGGACAUGCCCCCGCUCAUGUAUGAAUGGCACGAGAAGGCGUAUCUCGGCGCUGCGCAUGGAUUCGCGGGUAUUUUGCUCACUCUGCUUAGAGUGCACCAGAUGAACCCGGAGGCCCUGAAACAUGAUUCCCUGCAGAAGUUGGUGUUACCCACAAUACACUGGUUGGCCGAGUUGCAGCUCACCUCAGGCAAUUGGCCCUCGAGCUUAGGCGACAGUAUGGAUCGCGACGUUCUUGUGCACUGGUGCCAUGGGGCGACGGGUGUUGUCCCACUGAUGCUUGCAGCCUAUGAAGUGACCCAGGACGACUUCUAUUUAAAACGGGCUAUUCGAGGUGGCGAGACGAUUUGGACCCGUGGCCUACUUUACAAGGGUUGUGGUCUGUGUCAUGGUUCGGCUGGCAGUGGCUACGCCUUGGCAGCACUUCACCACGUCACUGGGGACAACAAGUAUCUGUAUCGUGCGGCGAAGUAUGCUGAGUGGUGUACAGAUUGCUUCAAGAAUAGAACACGCACGGCAGAUCGACCUUAUUCUCUCUUUGAAGGUCUCGCCGGAACUUUAUAUUUUUUAGUGGAAAUGCUGGAUCCAUUGCACGCUCGUUUUCCCCUUCUCCGAUGA